UUCUUGGUUACACGUGUGCAGUAAUAGUGGUAGUUCUUCGAAAUGGAUAAGUCCAAAAAAUACGUCUUGGAAGCUCCUGAUGGCGGCUGGGGUUAUGUUGUUUUGGCUGGGUUUAUAAUAAAUGUGUCAGUAAUAUCAUCGAUGAACGUGUUCUAUGGGAUCAUCUUCCAUGAUUACUUCGUAUUCUUAAAGAUGGACUCUGUACGUCUUACACUUUUGAAUGGUUUAAAUGCUAUAGCAAUGUCAUUGGCAGGAUUUCUAACUGCACCAUUGCUAAAAUAUAUGCCACAACGAUACUUAGGAUAUUCUGCAUCAGCUGCAUUCAAUUUUGGUCUCUUCUGUACGGUCUUUGCACAAUCGCAAUUAGCGUUUUUCAUAUUUCAAAUUGUUCAGAGUGUUGGAGUUGGAAUGACGUUUAAUUUAAAUACAUCGGCAGUAAAUGAAUAUUUCGUAAAGAACCGAGUCCUUGCUAUUAGCAUUACGCAAACAAUAAUUGCAAUACUGGCGUUUUUUACUCCAUUAAUGAUUCAAUGGUGCUUUGAAAACUUUGGGAGCAGAGGAACAUUGCUUAUACUGUGUUGUGUAACUAUUCACAUGUUUCUGGCUACAACUGUUAUACAACCGGUGAAAUGGCACAUGAGGAGAGUUGAAAUAACUCCAAAAGAAGUCGAAGCAAACUUAUUGUUGGAAGAACAUAAGAAAAUUACCGAGAAAAUGAAUAAUACGGACAAUGGCAAUGAUGAAAUGAAAGAAAAAGAUGGAUUUUGGCAACUCAUUAGAGAUCUAUUGGAUGUAAAAUUAUUUCGAAGUUUUACAUUUUCCAUGCCAUGUGUCGGACCCUCGCUGUGUAUUGUAGUUGAUCUCCUAUUUGUUGUUUUCCUUCCACAAGCCUUGCAGUCCUUCGAAUGGGAUGACGCAGAAAUAGCGUGGGCGUUCUCUUUGAUCUCGUUAGGAGAUUUACUUACGAGAAUUGCUUUCAUAAUUCUUAAUAAAUGGAUGAUUAGAGUGGGAAACCGGGACAUCUACAUCGCUGGAAUUCUCAUUGGUGUUGGAACAAGACUUGUUAUUCUUUCUUCAAGCAACAGGAUGUUGAUGAUGGCUGCUUUCACGGUUAUGGGGAUUUCCCGGUGCAUCAUCAGUAUAAUAAUGGUUCUAGUCGUAGCAGACGCAGUAGGGGCUAACCAAUUUACGUCAGCUAUUGGAAUAUUUAUGUUGGUCAAUGGCUUUGAGGCUAUAUGCUUAGGUCCAGUUGUGGGUGCUUUAAGAGAUUAUACACAUAGUUAUAUGGCAACUUAUUAUCUUCUUACCUCCGUGUUGGGUGUAGUCGGCUUAACGUGGAUCGCCCUCAUCGCAUAUAACAACUUACGCCAUAAAAGAAAUCCAAGUCCCGAAAAUGUUACAUAAUCCAAAGGAAUUUCAUUUAAUAGACUUUAAUUAUGAUGUUAACAAUUGUUAAUAAGCUCACAAAGCUAUAUUUAGUAAUUUCUAGCCUAUAAUUUUUCAGAGAUAUUAUAUAAUUUACUCAUUAGUGAUAAAUUUAUUUAGUUUGACCAAUUUUCACUGCUGCUUGUUAAGAUUCUCUAAGUAGGUAAUUAGUGCAUAAUUUAUGGAAUAAUAUCAUUUUUAAAUUCCAAAAUCAUGGAAUAAUGAUAUUAUUCCAUGAUUUUUAUUUGAAUAUAUGGGUAUAAAAACUCGGUAUCAGAGCUCUAUGCCCUGACACGCAGGAUGGUCGGCGGUGCUUUUCCGUUGUCGUCAAGAUUCGAGUUGGAGGCAAAAAGAGCGCACAGAAAAUCGGCUUUCUCUUUUGCCAUAUGGGCCAGGGUGUCAUUCUUCAUGUGGAACGGCGGCAGGGACGGCUGGUUGAAGUUAUCAAGAGCAGCUUUCGACAGCGACCAGAACUUGCGUGUGGUAACUGGAAAGCUGCUCACCGAUUUUGACGACUUGCUUCGAUUUCGCACAGCCGAUUUGCCGCUUUAAAAUUCUGGAGGCACGGUUAUAUUUCCUCUAUAGAAUGCGUAUAAAACGUAUCAUAGACAUGAAUAAAAUUUGAAAACAAAAUGCGGGACUCGAACCCACGACCUCUUGCGUUCCGUGCGAGUGCUCUCCCAACUGAGCUGACCGUUCGAGUGACGUAUCGUCAUAAAAUCUUGUAUGCUUUGUUCAACUCUCAGGUUGUGGCUUCAUCUACAGGAUCUACUUUACAGUUGAUAACCUGCUCAACUCCAAUAUUUGCAUAUUAGGAAAUUGACAUGAGAUGUUGUUCUUGCUAAUCUAAACUAGAAACUAAACUAAACUAACUAAAAUUAGAAAACAAGUUCUUUUUUGAAAUAAAAUAGUUGUUGAGGGUUAUCACUUUAAAAACAUAACAAAUAUCUGGCAUGCAUUUAUUGUAAUAUCAGCGUAGGAAAAGUCAUCUAUCAGUUUUUCCAAUAAAAUGUGUAUGUAUAAAUACCAUUACAAAGUUCCUAAACAUUAUAGAAAAAAAAAAUAUACAUAUUAUUAUUUCUACAGCAACUUAAACGUACAUAACGCUUUUCUCUAAACCUCGGUUUCUGACAUGUCUUUAUAGUACGUAGAGACUGUCGAUAUGGGUCAUAUAUAUAUAUAACAGGGGGGCUCCUUUGCACAGGAUGCCGGCUAGAUGGGUACCACAACGGCACUUAUUUCUGCCGUGAAUCAGUAAUAUGUAAACAUUAUUGUGUUUCGGUAUGAAGGGCGCCGUAGCUAGUAAAAUUACUGGGCAAAUGACACUUAACAUAUUUUGUCUCAUUGUGACGAGCGCAGUUGUAGUGCCUCAUUUUUGAGGUUUUUCAAGAAUCCUGAGCGACACUGCAUUGUAAUGGACAGGGCGAUUACUCGUCCCAUUUCAUAAAAAAAAAUAGCCCAGUGGUCACCCUGCCUGCAAACAUUAUAAGUAAUAAGUAUGAAUGUUUGUUUGCAAAUCAUGAUUGUGUUUUUGUAAUUAUGUAUGUUUUAGUAAGUACAGGUAAUCCCCCCUAUAACGCGUUAGAGUAGUUCCUCGUAUUUCAUAAUAAUAAUAUUAAUUAAUAACAAUUCGUAACAAGUAUUUCCAAUUAAUUGCCUAGUUUUACUAUUAAAUUAAUGUUUUAAUACACAAAUUUAAUAAAAUAAUUUAAUUUUCUAAAAACACAAUUGACACACGUACAAAGAUACGCAAAGCUAAUUAUGAACUGUACAAUGUUAUAAAUAUUAUUAUUAUUAUAAACACAGUACAGAAAUAUGUAUGUUGGAAACCCCCGCGUUAUAUCGGAUUAAAAUCGCGUAAUAUGAAAAGUCGUUAUAAGGGUAUCGAGUAAUAGGCCGCAUUACUGUAUAUUGUAUUAAAUAUAUCGUUGUCUUGCAACCCAUAGUACAGGCUUAUGCCUAGUUUAAGGCAUGUAAUUUGUGUAAAAAGUGUGUUUUUAACAUAUCAUGUUGCAAAAAUAAAUUAAGUUUUUAAAUAAAUUUGUAAAUUUAACGUAA